AUGGAAAAUGUGUACCAUGUAGAGCCAGUGAAGAAUGACAAGCUUCCAUUGCCUCCCAUCUCGUCCCUGCUAUCAGUCAAGUGUAAGAAGCCUGAAUCACUCCCUCAGUAUAAAAACACUCCACCAAUGUUUAUCCCACCGCAGGUCAAGCGUAAAAAGACUUCACCACUUUUGAUCCAAACAAAAGUAGAAUGCAAUUCCUCAUCAUCUGCACCAAAAUGUGAUAAAAUGUUGAAUUCUCCAACAGCAGGCAAAAGUAGCACAUUUCCACCAAUGUCUUCGCCUCCUCCCCCACCUCAUCUCUUGUGUGGGCUAAGUAAUGUUCAGACCUUCCAGCAUAGCCCUAGCCAGGGGCAGUCAGUAGACAAACGGGGAGCACCAAUCCCUGGUGCCAUGGCCUCGUACCUGAGUGGAGGGUUUCUAGACCCGAGUAGUAUUGGGACCACAAACAUGAUGUGUGGUCCCAACUUUCAGUACCAACAGACCAGCUUUGGAGAAGUCAGUACACUAGCCUGUCAGACGAUCAUAUACCAGAACACUAGUAUCAUAUCACCUAGAACAGGAUUCAGAUCUUCCAUCUGUAACCACCCAAGUGCAUGGAAAAGUAAUGUUACAAAUUUCAGUAGUCCUGAAACCAAAAGUUCUUUAAGAAGCAAGAAGAUGACAAGUCACAACCCAUCUGCAUGGAUACAAGAUGCCUUUAAGCCUAAGGAUUGCAGGCCUAGAUUGAUUCAGAGCAAAGUGGUAGAUCAGAACAAAUUCAGUUGUGAUGAAGACCUAGACCAGCUGAAAGAAGCAGGACUACAUGCAACAAUUUUCGGCAGCAUUCCACACAGUUCUCAACAGCUUUUGUUUGGUUCACAGAAUUCACACACAGCUGAUGGCACAGGUAAAGUGAUCAGUAUUCCAAUUGAUGAACAAGGCACAGUCUCUGUAAGUUCAAAGAGACCACCAGGUGAUCAGGUGACAGAAAUAUCUUCACAAAAAUCUAAAGAUAUUUGUAAAUUGUAUGUCACCUGUGAUAUAAAGGAUGAAAAAGAUGGAUCGGAGGAAUCAAACCCUAAGACAAAACCGAUUUCCCCAGUCUGUCCACCUCUUCUUGCUGAUGCUAACAAGUUCAGCAACAGUUCAGGAACCACACAACAAUUGGAUCCAAAUAAGUCUGGUUUCAAUGUUCCAGAAAGUUCUGACUUCAACUUGUUUCCUUAUCCAAAGAUUGAUGAGAUUGAGAGUGUUGGAUCCAAUGAUUUGGGUGUUGAUGAUGCUGAGUACCAUCCAAUCGCAUUGCCUUUGGGAUGUUACCAGUUUAAUGACAGUGACACUGAAUCAGAUACAACCAACUAUGAAGGAUCACUCGGCAGACGCAUGGCAAAGAUGGGCCAGGACAAAUUUGACCUUCACUUAGAUAAAACUUUGACAUUAAUGGAGUGGAGUUUAAUACCUAUCCAAAUGGAACCAACCAACAAAUCAUUGUCUGAUGCCGCUAGAUGUUCACGGCUCGAGGAUCCACGCCUUCAACAGUCGAUGGAUAAAAACCAAGUCAGCAAAGAGACAUGUAAGGACGUGACCCUUCAACAGUCGAUGGAUAAAAACCAAGUCAGCAGGGAGACAUGUAAGGACUUGACCCUUCAACAGUCGAUAGAUAAAAACCAAGUCAGCAGGGAGACAUGUAAGGACUUGACCAUUCAACAGUCGAUGGAUAAAAACCAAGUCACCAGGGAGACAUGUAAGGACGUGACCCUUCAACAGUCGAUAGAUAAAAACCAAGUCAGCAGGGAGACAUGUAAGGACUUGACCCUUCAGCAGUCUAUGGAUGAAAUCCAAAAAAACAAGGAGACAUGUAACGACUUUAAAAGCAUUGGUUCUAUUGUACCCAGAGAAUUGGAAUUUGAACAGCAGGAAGAACAUUCUGUUGUCGGCAAUAAAAAUGCUAUUUGUCUGGACAAACGUAUUACAGAGAUGUUAGAUGUCAGUUUUCUUGUGUCCAGUCCUCGAGAUGAUCUUCAUAAAGGAUCUGAAAACAAUGAUAUAUCCCAGAGUACUGAAAAUGAGAAUGGCACUCCAGAUAGAGAGAAAAAGAAAACAUUCAUAGAAAUUGAAAAUGACGCUAAAAAAUCUUCAGAAAUAGAAGUUUUUGGAGUUUCUGGGGCACUAGUAGUUAAAUCACCUGUUGGAGUAGUCUCUGAAGAACUCCUAGCUGUGUCCCGGAUCAAUGAGGGAUCAGAUGGGGUAUUGACUACGACCUCUGAUGUUUUAUCGACCAGUGGUGAAGUUUCUGCAGACCAUCAGAGCAGAUCAUCUUUCUGUGACACCAGUGAUGCAGCCAUAGGAGCACAACCAGAUAAUCCACUGACAAGGAUUGCUACUGUUUUAUCCCAGAACUUGAGUAAAACUUCCAAGGAUAAAGUUGGUAAAAAUGUUAAAAGGUUAUCCCAAAAUAUUUCAAGUGCAAUGCAGAAGGUGAAAGGGACGUCGGAGAACACAACUGUCGCAACUGUUGGAAAUGAUUUACAAAAGCGUGAAAGUUGUAUCUCCGACUCCAUAUCUGAUACUUUUACAAAAGCUCAGAUCAAAGAAGACACACUUAUCAUGACAAUUACCACGCAGCGUAACAAAAGUAAUGUUUCAACCCGUGAGAAUGGUUGUACGACACCAGUCCCCGAGAAGAAAGAGUUACCUCCCCUUUGGCACGACUACAAGUCUUGCAGCGAAUGUCAUGUUAUGUCAAGCCAAGAGAAACAACUCCUUCAGGAAUCAGCAGAUUUUUUAGGGGAGGAUUUCAAUGCAUUUAGCCGAAGAUCACAGAGAAAAAGAGGUGUUCCAAAAAAGCUUGAGAAUUACUUCAGUGAGUGUAGGGAGGUGGCAAAGGGUUACAAAACAGCUGUCAACAAACGAAAACGGCAAAAAACGAGAAAGAAUACAGGAGACACCUACAGUACAUGUGAUAGGACUGACCAUGAUUCUGAUUGGGAUAUGGUAGAAUUGUAUCAGGAUGAUGUUGUCGUAGAAGAACGAAAUAAUUCGGCCACCGUUUCAGGAGUUGAAACAAGGAAUCGAGGUACAAGGACAUUUGAAAAACUUGCAAAUGAGAAGUACCCAGAUUUUGAUAUUGAUGAGGAAUUCCUGUUGAAAUCAACCCCAAAGUGUACUAGAAAUAUGUUGAAGAGGUUGACAACAAGUCUUAUAACUAGUUCAAAUCACCAAAGGAGAACAGUAACAAAAUCUCAGAAAACACUUCCAAUCAGCACUACUACUGAGGUUAAUACAGCUCCUUCAGCCCAAACCAAAAACAUUACCCAAGGCAACAGUGUUUCUGAUGAUGCCACAAGUCCUUUGCUGAUUAAUCCAGUGAAUCUUGAAACAACCAGUGACCCACCCACUAAGGGUAACAUUGGUGACCCCACCACCCCUAGGACAACUGAUCUGGGAACUGCAUUAGUGAACGCUGGCCCUGUGACACAGAACUGCACCGUUUACAUCACUCAGGAAGAUACAGUCAAGGAUGUCCAAACACAGACAAAUGGACAGACAACUUGUACAAGCAAUUCGGAAAGACAGAAUAUUUCAACCACAGAUGAAAUGGCAACAGUGCAUGUCUCCACUGGUGAAAUGAAGAGCAAAUCUGCCUCAAACAAAAGAAGCGGAAGUAAGUUACAGGAAAAGAAAUCUCAGAAAAGUGUGUCUCGUUCACAAGUGCCUGCAAAGAAAAAGAAAGGACGUCCAUUUAAAACCCUUACUUCAUCAAAGGAAGCCGCUAUAACAUGUGUGACUGAUGGUGACAUAUCAGGCAAUACUGGAGAAAAAUACCUAGCAGAAGGGAAUGAUGCUGCAGCCACCACAAAGCUCAAAUCUACCAGUAAAUCUGAGGAAAUUACUUCGUCAUCUGAUAAGAAAAAGAAAAGCAAGGAGGUAAGAAAGAAUGUUACCUCAUCAUCAACAGGCAAGCCAAAGAAAAGCAAAAUGGAAGGAAAGAAAAAGGGUGAUUUACUAAGUCAUGAUAAUACCGAGGACAAUGUUCAGGCAGUUGUAGUAGAAAAUGUCACACAAAGCACAGAUGUGAAGAAGAAAUCUAAAAAUAUGAUUGUUUCUAAUGAGGAUGAUGGUGAUGCUGAAAAACUGAUAGGCACUAAAAAGAAAGUCCAGGGGAAAAAACAGAAAACAAAAGAGAAAGCUGAUGACUCGAGCCUGUUGAAAGAUCAUUCUUCUCCACAAACGUCGAAAAAAGUUGAUGUAUUGAAACAGAAAGGUGAUGGAAAGGAAACAUUACAGAAGAAGAAAAAGAUAUUUAAAAAUAGCAGUGAUGGUCAAAAGAAAAAGACCAGUUGGAAACGCAAAAAAGGCUCAGAUAAUAGCUUGCAUUCUCAAUCUAAAAAUCUUACAAAGAACAUUAGCAAUUUAGUUAUGAAGAAUAAGAAAAGAAUACUCCAGGGUUAUGCCAAAUUUCGUGUGGUCACCGACCCUGAUCAAGCAGCAGAACUGAAGUCCAACAGACCAACAGAUUGUCGUUUCUGUAAGAAGACCAUUACAUUCUCUGCAUUGAAGGACCAUGAACGGGAGCACAAGUUCAAAUGCAUUCGCUGCCGCAUAGUCUUUAACAACCAGAAGGAAAAGGAAAAACAUUACUUCAAAAAACACAACACCAGCAAAAAACAUGGGAAGGUUUCUCAGGUGUCAAAGGUGAAUGAACUGUACCACUGUAUGCUAUGUGAGAAAUCCUUUAUCAGAAUCAAGACGUUCCAGCGCCAUCUACAUAGCAAUAUACAUGGCUACAAUCGUCACAUACAGAACAGGUGCCUGUCCAUGAUGGGAAGUCACACUGAGCAGUCCACUCGGGCCCUACAGAGACAGGGCAGUACCCUCCACGCCAUUGGCAACGGUGACCAGGAAGUAUCACCAGAUGAUCAGCUCAUUCAGCAAAGAAUCACAUGGAAUGGGGCCGAGGACAAGUCACCAAAGACAUGGACACUCCCAGAAAAUCAGACCAAUACUGAGGAGCUGAAGAAACAGCUCAUCAAAACUGUGGAGCAUGCUGAAGGAAGGGAUACCAUCAAUUACUACUAUCAUGAGCCGGAGAUCCUAGAAUGGAUGAAGAAACAGGAAAGCUUCUUACAGAAAAUGUCUGCUCUGCCGAACUCGGACAUGCAUCAAAGAGCAGAGCCAUAUGCUGUAGUCACCAACUUCUCAAUGAUGAACUACCUCACCUCUGGUCCACAAUGUUCCGGCAUCAAAUAUGUCUCAGAGGAAGAAGGUGAGAGCAUCCAGUGCAUGCACAAUAAUUCUGCAGAUGGCAGCACCCCUUAUAGGCAAACUGAUCCAGCAGAUGGCAGCACUCAUUACACACACACUGAUCUAGCAGAUGGCAGCACUCAUUACACACACAAUGGUCCAGCCGAUGGCAGCACCAAUUUCAUACCCAACAAUACAGCAGGUUGCAGCACCAACUGUCUUUGUGAUGGUCCUGCAAUGGCCAGCGCUAGCUUUGUACCACCCUUUAUACAAGAAGAUGGAUCCCAAUUCCUACCUCAUGGUGGAUCAAUGGUUUCCUACCCAACCUUUGAACCAAGCAAUACAGACACAAAGAAAACAAACAGCAGUAAGAACACAACAGAGGUAGGAGUGUCAUGCACAAUGGGACAAUUCGCUGUUCAUGAUGAAUCUAUGGUGUCUUCCCAGAAUAACAUACUGAACAACAGGUACCAGCUCUUAGCUGACCCAAGCCCACCAGACCAGCCAAUGCUGGACACAUCUCGGAUUCUGAACACAAGUAGUAGUGAUCAUGACCAUUCCGACGUGGACCAGGGCCCGAUGGGAUGGCUCAGUCGUGCCAUCCAGGACAUUGAGGCUGAUCCUUACUACCAAGUUCCUGACUUCCUGGACAGCCAGUCCGACCUAGACAACGACUCUGGGUUUAAUGAGCAUUCCGUUUCUAAGGAUUCAUCAGUCUUCCGUAUCACAGGUACUCCAUCCACAUCAGAGUCUGCAGUCACUAUGUAUACCAGAAACUACACAGAUUUGGAUAACGGCCAGCAGAUACAAGUCUGUGAUAAAAAAGACUUAGAGACUGGUCAGGGAGCAGAUACUGGUACUGUUAUCCUGCCUGUGAGAUGCCCAAACAGUAGCCAGUCUCGUGAGAACAGUGGUACUCGUUGUUUAGAACCGUUAGUCAGUGACACUUUGUCACCUGCGCAGGUGAGCACAUCUAAACAGUGCUGCAAGUCACAAAUCAAUGAUGAAGUUGACAAAGAAGAUCAAGAAUCACAAGAACUGCUCAAACUUAAAUACGCUCAAAUCCUCUGUGAUAUUCGCAAUGACGUUCUGGGGACAAGAUCUUACCAGGAGUGAGAUAUUGUGUAAUGUUUACAAGCCCCUCUAAUUUACACAACAAAGUUUGUGCAUGUUUUCAAUGAUUCUGUAAUGGAAAGAAUUUGUUCCUCUUUUGCCCCAGAAGACUUUAACUAUAAACCUCUGAAAUGAACUUUGAUUUUACAUCCAAUAUAACCAUGCUGGAGCUGUUAUGUUGAGUUGUAUCAUACUCUGUGCCAAAGUAUGUUUUUAUGAAGUAUUUGAAGACAAGAGUACUAUUUGAAUACCAUUUAAUAUGAAAGAAUAUAUAUUUUUAAUUUGAUGAUGCCUUAGGUCAUUGGCUGAUAUGUUCCUGUUAUUGUUUUUUAAAACUAGCUACUGUUGGAAAAAUAACCAACUGUCUGAGUGUUUUAAUGAUGAAGUAGAUUAAUGUAUUUCCAUUUAAGUAAUGAGUGUUUACUGUUAUUUGAAGUCUUUAUUUAGCUCACAUGCCACAAAGCAAGUGCCUAUAAGCAUACUGCCAUAUUGUGCAUUUUCUGUCUAUCGACAGUUUUUCUUUAAUGACUUUUCAAGAACAAUAAUGCCCAUAUUAGCAAUAUUUGGUCUGUAGCUUUCUUGGGUUAAGUAUUUUUUUAGUUUUGCGUAUAUAAAAUCCUUAACCUACAAUUAUUAGAAAUCUUAAAACAUCUUCUGCAGAACUACAUCUCCUAGAGUAAUACAUAUCUGGCCAGGGGUUUGAUGAAAGGAUGUCUAAUAAAUGUUCUUGUCUGAUAUUUAUUUGAGGUUCACCCCUGAAGACACAUUUUAACUCUUCCAAUUCAAAGGUUGGAAUAGUUUAUUAUGAAAGUUCAGGGGUAAAGAUUUGUGGUGAUAAAUCCAAUAUGAUGUCAUUAAUUAGUCUCUUGAUCAGCCAAGAUUGACUGAUCAAUUCAGCAUUAAAUAAUUUUGCCAACACCGUUGAGUAACAGGUGGGUGAUACAAGCCAUUUGGCUUCUUGUAGUACAUGUAAUGCAAUAUAGCUGUGAUUCUCCAAAAUAAUAAUGUGAUAGAUCAUAUAGUGUUUUAAGAUGUUUUAUAAUGAAGAAACAUGUCGUAUUGACAGUUUCUUUGUAAUUUAUAGAUAGAAACUAUAGAAUUAUGUUUAAUGCUUUGGUUAAAAUGUAGAACAUUUACCAUGUAAUUAUUAUCAUUUUAAUUUCGUCAUAUAAUUUAAAACAGUGUUCGCUUUUAAAUACUUCAUACAUGUUUUUGUGCGACAUGUGAAUUGUGUCAAAAAUUAAUCAGUCCCAACACCCUGACUAGCAAAAGCUCAAAUGAUUGUCUAUUGGAAAUUGAUAACCUUGUAAAAUUGUUUCUUUUAAAAGUGACUUUUUGCUGUAAAUGAUGUCAACAUUUACAUUUCAUGAUAAUAACAGGUCUUGCUAAACUGGAAAUCACUAUUAUACAAAUGUGUCAUAUUUGUAAUAAAGUCAGAAAUUGUUGGGAUUCGUAAAAAAAUUACCGAUUUAGUAUUCUUCAAUGUUACAUUGAUGUUAAUUUAUUUUACAUGUAUAUACAGGUUAUGAUCUGUUACUGAGCUAAUUUACCUUAAGAUGUAAAAUUGUACAGUAGUGUUGUGAACAAAAUUGAUCUAUAAGAUUUUUUACUAUUGUUAUAACCGUGGUAUUAUAAGUGUGAAGAGAUAGUGAGGAAUGUUAAGACUGAUUACAUAUAACUUUGUUGAUAUUGGACUUGCAUCCACUCGUUUUUGUUGAGAAUGAAAAUCUUCAAUUUUACUGGUUCCAUGUAAAGUACAUACACAAGAUACCAGAGUCAGUGCUAGAACAAGAAUUAGAAUAAAGGAAUUCUGAUGUCCAAAUUGAGCAUAUAUUUGUUUUUUAUCCAGUGUGUUUUUAAAGUAUCGGGACAGGAAUAAAAUUUGACCCUGUCUGAAAUUGAUCUUCCUUUCUCCAAUGACUUAUCUUCUGAGUUUUUACCUCAGACUCUAACAGUUUUAUCUCACUCAAACGCACUCCAUCCAGUGUUAGGAUAAUGUUUUCACCAAAUUGAUGGA